AUGACCAGAGGUGCAUCCUCCAUGACCACAUCCAACCCAACAAGUGACAUCUCAUUGGACACCUCAGCCACAGCCACCACUAUAGGUGACAUGUCCUCUUCCAGCAGUGUGACUGGUGGCACAGCAAGUAGUACCUCCUCUCCAAUCCCCCUAUCUACAGCCAAUAUAAUGAGUACCACCUUUAUCUAA